AUGUCUCAAGAUCUUUACGCAGCUCUCCGGCGAACGGUUGACGCGGUGGUGGCCGCAUACUCGAGCCCCGAACCAUGGAAUCCGGACCAGAUCUGGGCAACCCGUACAGAUGACUGCCUACACUACAUCCAUCCCGUCGAGGCGAUUCCUCAAGAUUUCCGAGUGGCGAUCGACAAGGACCAUCAUAUCCAAUCUUUGAAAUUCCUCGGCCCAGUGCUUGAAAGCUUUGAGCUGGACCUUAAAGAUGCCGUGAUCGAUGUCAGGACCAGAACGACUGUCAUAAGGCUCACCGCCAAGUACGAUCUACUAGCUGUGGGCAACGAGGGACCAGAUCAUGGACUGACGACAGAUUUCAUGUGGCUGAUGGAAAUGGAUGAGGAAGGGAAGAGGAUCAAGAGGGUGGAAGAGUUUCUUGACCAGUCCUCAUUUCUAGCGGUGGUAAUAGAGAGGGCUACAAAGUAUGCUGAGAGCAAACAAUAG